CUCUUUUUCUCAUACAUUCCAUUCUAUUUUAUCACCAUGGGCCACCUCAGUCAAUUCUUGAAGAUCUCCAAGGCCAAGCCCGAGAUCUACCCUAUCAUUGCCAUUCUCAGCUGCGCUUUGACUGGUGCUGUCUAUGUUGGUACUCACGCUGCCCGAGCUCCCGAUGUGGUUUGGAAUCACAAGGAUAACUCCCAUCCCUGGCAAGAUAUCAAGGAUGGUGAACAAGUCAAGCUCUAUGCCUUGAACCAAAAGUAUGAUCACCGAUGGCAACGCAAGAACUGGUAGAUUCUGUGAAUCUAUCCGUCGCCAUAUUUAUUAUAUAUCGAUCUAUUUUUUUAUCUCCUUCUUUUUCACAUCUAUUUAAUCAUUCGUAAUCCAGUCAACAACAACAUUACACGAAUAAAGAUAUACUCAUGU